CUUUAUUAGUGUGCAAAAUUCAAUCAUUUGAAAUCUAAAAGCUAAACGAGAAAGGACAUUAUAAUCGAUGCUGUAAAGUCCAAAAAGUGUUUUAUUUGUGAAAAAGAUCAUAAAUCAUAGUGCUAAGAGAUCGCACGCUUCAGCAUCAUUACACAGAUUAUAUUAAUGUGUUGGUAAAGAGAUAUAUCCAUAUUCCGGAGAAAGAAAAAAAAAGGAAGAGGAAUAAAAAGCUACAAGUUUAAAGCCAUUCAGUACUGUGUAUUUGUGUGUUAUCAAAAAAACGUGCUACAAUAUAUGAGAAUAAGCAUAUAAAAAGAGAGAAAAGCUCACAAGCAUAAUCAAUAUCAAGAAAAAAGUUUUUACAUAAGUUGAGCAUUAAUCAUAAUAUUGAAUAUGGCUGAAGCGGGAUCAGACGUAUCAAAUCCCACAUCGAAUUCUUAUGUCAUUCGUGGACAGAUAUUUGAAGUGGGUCCUCGAUACACAAACCUGGCGCAUAUAGGCGAAGGAGCAUAUGGAGUUGUUGUAUCUGCUUAUGAUACCAUCACAAACACAAAAGUUGCCAUCAAAAAAAUAUCACCAUUUGAGCACCAGACAUACUGUCAGAGAACGUUGAGAGAAAUUAAAAUUUUGACAAGGUUUAAGCAUGAAAAUAUCAUAGACAUUAGAGACAUACUGCGGGUGCCUAGCAUAGAACAAAUGAAGGACGUAUAUAUUGUUCAGUGUUUAAUGGAGACUGAUUUAUACAAAUUGUUAAAAACACAAAGAUUGAGUAACGAUCACAUCUGCUACUUCUUAUAUCAAAUAUUGCGAGGUCUCAAAUACAUACAUUCAGCCAAUGUUCUUCACAGAGACUUGAAGCCAAGUAAUUUGCUGUUGAACACUACAUGUGAUUUAAAAAUAUGCGAUUUUGGACUCGCAAGAGUAGCUGACCCGGAACACGAUCAUACUGGAUUCUUAACAGAAUAUGUAGCAACGCGUUGGUAUCGUGCUCCGGAAAUUAUGUUGAAUAGUAAAGGAUAUACAAAGUCUAUUGAUAUUUGGUCUGUCGGCUGUAUUCUCGCCGAAAUGCUCAGCAAUCGUCCAAUAUUUCCCGGAAAGCAUUAUUUGGAUCAAUUGAAUCACAUAUUAGGAGUACUUGGAUCACCAUCACAAGACGAUUUAGAUUGCAUAGUGAACGAAAAAGCUCGUAGCUAUCUCCAGUCAUUACCUUUCAAACCGAAAGUACCGUGGAAUAAACUCUUCCCUCAAGCUGAUCAAAAAGCAUUAGACUUGCUUGGCAAAAUGUUAACAUUUAAUCCAUACAAAAGGAUAUCUGUCGAGGAGGCUCUCGCGCAUCCAUAUUUAGAGCAAUAUUAUGAUCCAGCUGAUGAGCCUGUUGCUGAAGAGCCUUUCCGCAUCGCAAUGGAAUUGGAUGACUUACCAAAGGAAACGUUAAAACAGUUAAUUUAUGAAGAGACAUUGCGUUUUGCUGAUUCUAAUCACGAGCCUGAAGCUUAAACAUCUUAUGAUCUCACCAAAAAAAAAAAAAUAUGAAACAAACCAUAAUGGAUAUAUUAAAACUGAAAUGGAUAAUACAAUGGAUGUUCAUCACAUCAUUUAGAGAAAAAAAUUCACAUAAUAAUGAAAAAUGAGUGAAGGGAGAAGAAUAAGAAGAAAAAUUAAUUUUACAAAUGGAUGGCACUUUUUUAUCAUCAUCAGUCUCUGGAUGUACAAUUACA